GAGCUGAUGAGGCGCUGGCCAAUCAACAUCCAGAAUCACUUUGCUCCUUUUCGUACACGACCUUGAAUCUCUACGGAGAAAGAAAAAAUCGCGAUAAACGGAGCAAGAGGAGAAAGGGACAAGAUACUGAUCACUGGUCUCUGUGAACGCCCGCCAUCUCAUAAUUCCGACCGAAAAUGCCAGCUGGAGACUCAGUGGAGGACAGUCUUGAGGAGUUGGAUGACUUCUCAGAUUCUGGCAGUGACUUUGAGGCCACAAUGAAAUCCACUAAGCGAACCAAACCAGCUGUGCCUGGACCUCCGCCACCCAAGAGACCCAGGCGUAAAGCUGCAUUGACAGCGAUGUCCAGCCCAAGUACUAGUCCCAUCCCUGCUUCUCCGGACCCCUCCCUGCUGCAGCAGCCCUCCCGAGGGACAAACAGACAGGCCUCUCAUAGACCUGUGAAUGAGGAGGACCCGGGCAUCAGUGCAGUGGAUAUCUACGAUGCUGUCUGCUCUGGAAAGACCGCCAUGGUGACGGUGGUGGACGAGUGGCUGGACUGCUACAAGCGGAGCCGAGAGACGGGACUACUGGUGCUUAUCAACUUCAUUGUUCAGUCCUGCGGAUGCAAAGGUGUGGUGAGCCGAGAGAUGUUUGACAGCAUGCAGAAUGCUCAGAUCAUCGGCACAUUAACCAAAGAGUUCAACGAGGAGUCAGUGAACUACCCUCUGUGCACUCCAGGCCCCCUGCUGAAGCGUUUCAAAGCCAGCCUGUGCGAAUUUGCUCGUGUUCUGGUGCACUCCUGUCGGAAUAGCCUCGUGUAUGAUGAGUAUCUCUUUCCUUCCCUGAUGGCCCUGCUCACCGGCCUGUCUGACUCACAGGUCAGAGCAUUCAGACACACCAGUACUCUGCUUGCCAUGAAGCUGAUGACUGGGCUGGCAAAAGUUGCUAUGAUAGUGUCCGUUCAGCUGCAGACCACCCAGCGGCAAUACGACAUGGAGAACAGCAAGGAGGCUCAUGACAGAGCCUCCGACAGACUGGAGGAGCUGCAGGCCACCAUCAGUGAGCUGCUGGAGAACCGGGGGGAGCUCGUAUCCAUGAUGAACGGGACCUUCCGCGGUGUGUUUGUGCACCGUUACCGGGACCUGCUGCCUGAGAUCCGAGCAGCUUGUAUUGAGGAGUUGGGCGUGUGGCUGAGAUCAAACCCUGAGGACUUCCUUAAUGACGGAUGUCUCAAAUACCUGGGAUGGACCCUGUAUGACAAGCAAAGUCCAGUGCGUCUGCAGUGUGUGCAUGCCCUGCAGGGCCUGUACCAGGAGAAGGAGUUCAUUGGCCGCCUGGAGUUUUUCACCAGCAGAUUUAAAGAGAGGAUGCUCAGCAUGGUGCUGGACAAGAACCCAGACGUGGCAGUGGAAGUGGUCAAUCUGUUACUGCUGAUCCAAAUGAACACAGAGGAAGGCUUGAGCGAGGAGGAGUGUGCCCACAUCUAUCCCCUGGUUUACGCUGCGCACAGAGGCCUGGCAUGUGCAGCCGGCAGCUUCCUCUACAACAAGCUGAAAUGUGUGAUUGCGGAAGAUAACCAGGAGAAUGGUAAAAGUGACAAUGCUGCCUUCUUACAAAUCCUCAUCUCCUUCUACAUCCAGAGUGAGUUUCAUGAGCAUGGAGCUUACCUGGUGGAUAGUUUGUGGAGUGUGGCAGGAUCUGAGCUGAGAGACUGGGAGGCUAUGACAACACUCCUGCUGCAGGACUCUGGUGAGGAACAAGGUCUGAUGUAUGAGGAGGAGGGGGCUCUCAUAGACCUCAUGAUGUGCGCCAUGCGACAGGCGGCGCAGGCAACCCCACCUGUUGGGAGAACUCAGGGCAAGAAGAUCCUGAGUAAGAAGGCAAAGAGACCAGACACGAGACGUAUCACCACACACUUUAUCCCCCUCUUGCCACAGCUUCUGGCCAAGUACUCUGCAGACGCAGUGAAGGUGAGCCUCCUUCUCAAAGCUCCCCUCUACUUUGACCUGCAGAUGUACAACAGCUCUCCGAGGCUGGAGAAGUAUCUGGACCUGCUGCUGAGUCAGAUAUGUGAUAUCGUGGAGAAACACACAGACGUCACAGUGUUGGAGGCUUCUGCCCACCUUGCCAGCACCUUUCGCUCCGACUACUACACCUUCUCCUCCCGCGCUCACCUGGCGUUCAGCCAGUUGCUGGACGGCUUGACUGAGUCCCUCAACACCUAUUUAAGUGACGUGCUGCAGGGCACCGCUGAUGACGAUGAUGUAUACAAUGCAGCCAACACCUUGAAAAGGAUUGCAGUACUGAGAAGUGCGAAAGACUCGACAGGCUGGAGGCUGUUCUACUCCUGCAUGGAGCUUCUGAAGAGCAGGAUGGAGUCGAGAGAUCUCGACAAGGAGCUGAUGGUGUCGGCUCUGAAGUGCGCCGCUCUUCACCUGAUGUGGGCCAAAGUGAAUGCUGUCAACGCGACGCCAGCUGAGGCUGAACUGAAGCGUCUGAAGAAGGAGGUUCGCUCGUUCUGCAGUGUCUGUCAGACCUGUCUGUCUCUGAACCAGCCUGACAUCAGAGAUCAGGCAUUCGAGCUGCUCUGUGACUUGCUACUCUUGUACAGUGUGAAUUCAGCUCGCUCUGAAACCGCCCUCAACGCGUUGGUCCACCUACCGUCUGAUUCUCUGCGCUCAGAAAUGGCUUCCUUCCUCAUGGACUUUAUCUUCUCUGACACUGAAGAAACUGAGCUCAACGUUGAGGGUGAGGAGGAGAUGAAGAUAACUCUUCUCCAGAAGAGGCGCAACCAUCUGGCCGGCUACUGUAAGCUGGUUAUCUACGGGGUUUUGGACCUCACUGCUGCCACUGAUGUCUUCAAGCACUACAGCAAGUUCUUCAGUGACUACGGCGACAUCAUCAAAGAGACUUUAAGCAGAAGCAAGCUCAUCAAUCCAGUUCAGAGCGCCAAGACUGUCUGUCUGAGUCUGCAGCAGCUCUACUCAGAGAUGCUCCUGGAGGAUCCCAGCAGGCAGGAUCACAGUGAGAUUAGAGAACUGGCAAAAAGGCUUGCCAUGAGCUUUGGCAUCAACCUUCAUCGUGUCCGCAAACCACUGAUGGCCCUGCACAUGGACGGUGUAAGUUUUGCAUUCCGGGAGCCACAGGAGGGAGAAAAGCAGCGCCAGAACGUGGCCUUCCUGGAGAUCCUCAGCGAGUUCAGUUUCAAGCUGCUGCAGCCGGACCGCGCCCAGCUGGCUGCGUUUCUGAAGACAAAGUGUCCCAGUGCCGCCCUCUCCUGGCGGCCAGUCAAAAUGUAUCAGCGUUCUCUGGAGACCCGCUCCUCCUCUAAACCCAGAGAGCAGGAGGGAAGCGAUGCUGUCUCCUCACAUGAAACCCCUGUAGCUAAACGCAAGAGGACCACUGCUCAGGGUGAGAUGGACACAUGUUCAGUGUCCAGCUCAGUCAGAGGAUCUUGGUUGGACAGCAGCAGCAUUAACGGCGGCCUGCACACACCAGCCCUCACCUCCACUGUCCAGAAACAGCCAGCCAGGCAGCCGGACUCCAGGAAACCCCAAGACACAGAGUCUGAUGUUGGCAGCGUCUUAAAUGAGCCUGAGUCGGAGGAUGAAUUCUCCUCAGGAUACCAGAUGCGAAAGGUGAAGGCCACCCAACGCCGCCAGCCCGUCUCCCAUCAGACCGGGUCCACUUCGAACCAGCAGGACCUGAACUCCAACUUUGACUUACUCUCUCUGAUUGAGGAGAACAAUGAAGAAAGAGAAGAGGCUGAGAUCGAGGAUUACAGAAGUGACUCUGACAGUGAAUCUGGUUAUACGUUGCCCUCCACCCGUCACAGUUUAGCCAGUGCCCUUGACGAGCUCUUUGAGUGAGGGCGCAGAGACCUGGACCGCCCUGGAAACAACAGUUCUUUUUGAUUCAACACUGCUGUGUUUACCAGUUUUCAGUACCUUGGAGUGUAAUAAGUAUUGGGGCAGCUGUUCUUUAAAAUAAACCUCUGUUCAAAUAAUGAUUAUGCAGUCUGGAGACAAACGUUGUUGCCAUGCAUUGUUAGGAUUGUUUAUGUUUUUGAACACAAAUUUCACCAAAAUGUUCAGAAGUAAUGUGUUGAAGUUGAGUUCAUCCUCUGUGGGCUGGCAGCAAAAUCAAAGUCUCUUUCUGUGUUCGUAUUCUCAUUUUGAAUUCAGUUUUCAUUAUAUCCAGCGCUGUUGUUGACGGCAUUCGAGCACUUGUUAAAUUAAUGUCUAUUAAAAGAUGCUUAACUGAGCAAAGUGACA